AUGACGCAUAACACAACUUCUGCGGCCUUGACCCAGGAUGAAUACCCUCCAGCUGGUAAUUUACUUCACAUGUUGGAGGCAAAGCCCUUGCCUACCCUCGAGCUCGGGAUCGUAGGAUCUCUGAGUGUUGAUGAGACCACCAAUCAGGCAAAGGCAGUGUUGAUUGCUUUUAAUACUGCUUUAGCAAAAGAAAGCCCGCGGCAGCUGGCUGAUUGCUUCUAUCAUGACCAAUCAUACUGGCGAGACCAGUUAGCCCUGACCUGGCAUCUGCGAACAUUCGAGACAGCAAGCACCAUUGCGGCGAGUUUCUUAGAGACCAAGAGACUGAGGGGUGUUACUGAUGGACUCGCUCUCGAGGGCGAAGCUCUGCUCAUACCUGUGACACCUGUUCUGCAAUUCAUCGACUUUGGAAUUUCUUUCAAGACUACCUCGCCAUCAUGUACCUGCAGCGGCAAAAUCCGCUUACUGCCGAUCAAAAACCGGCUGGAGAGUGGUGAGGAGACUGUAUCAUGGAAGAUAUGGGUCUUAAGUACUUGGCUGCAGGACCUUGAUGUACAGCCUGAAGACGAGUCACUACUCCAACUUGGGCGACAGGAACUCGGUAACGUCAGCCAGUUCGAGUCCGAUGUCUUCAUAAUUGGAGGCGGAAACUCUGCUGUUGCUCUCGCCGCGCGCCUGAAGGCUCUCGGUGUAGAUAGUGUCAUCGCUGAGCGCAACGCCAACAUCGGCGACAACUGGGCCCUUCGUUACGAUUCCCUACGCUUUCAUGUUCCGACGUCCUUCUGUGAAUUACCUUAUAUGCGCUAUGAAGAUCAUCUUCGGACUCCGCACUAUGUAUCCAAAGAUGAGCUAGCUGCACAGGUCAAGAAGUUUGCGACUACGUUUAAUCUCAAUACCAUAACUUCCGCCAGAAUCACGUCGACUUCUUACGACCAGGAGCGUCAAUUGUGGUACAUCGCCCUUGAGACCCCGGCCGGUGCCUACUCUGUCACAAGCAAACACCUCGUGCAAGCAACAGGCUUUGGGUCACAGAAUCCUUACGUGCCAAACAUCGCUGGAGGCGAUCUGUACAAGGGCACAGUCGUCCACUCAGCCCAGUACAAAAACGCAGCCCAGAUCGCGAGCCACGCCAAGUCUGUCAUCGUCAUUGGCUCGGCCAACACAGCAUUCGACGUCAUAGAAGACUGCCACGCGGCCGGCCUUCAGACAACCAUGGUAGCCAGGUCGCCCACGUUUGUGAUGCCCCUCGAGUACGUCUGCGACAGGCGUAGUCUCGGUGUUUACGACAUUGUCGGCGUGGAAGCGGGUGACAGGCUCCAGAUGACUGGACCCGUGAAUGUGGAUGCGGCUCUGGUGCGAGACCUCUUUGCAUUCAUGGCUUCCGAGGAGCCCCAUCGAUAUGAUAGCCUUGCCAAGGCCGGGUUCCCGGUCUAUGACAGCCGGGAAUCAAAGGCCGGGCUGAUAUCGAACUUGCUUGAGCGGGCUGGCGGGCAUUAUGUUGAUAUGGGAAGCACGAAGCUCAUAGCGGAUGGCAAGGUGGCCGUGAAGGGGCGAGUCGAGCCCGUUGCUUUCACCGAGACUGGUCUCAAGUUCUCAGACGGCACGACCCUGGACGCCGAUGCCGUAAUUUGGUGCACCGGGUUCAAAGACAAGAACGCGCGGGCCGUAGCCGCCGGAAUCUUGGGCGGGAAGAAAACGGCGGUCAACGGAAGCACGCACCUAGAGCACUUACUGGGACCAGAAGAAAUUGCGGCCCGUCUCGACGCCACGUGGGGCCUAGAUGCCGAAGCUGAGGUACGUGGCAUGUGGAAGCGCCAUCUCAACAUCGACAACUACUGGACGAUGGGUGGACAUACUCAGCAUCACCGCUGGCAUUCGCGCACGCUGGCUUUGCAGAUUAAGGCUGCACUUGCGGGGAUAUUGCCACCCGCUUAUCGCGAGACACCACUUAGUCAGGAAGAGUAA